AGAGAGAGAGAGAGAGAGAGAGAGAGAGAGGUAGUGGAAGCAGAUUCCAUUCCGAUUGAUGGUGGUGCAAUGCCACCGUACAUUACUGCAUACUAUAUUGCAUUUAGUGCGGAGAAUAAUUGUUCUUUAAGGUUGCAGAUACAGUGUUCCUCGCCGUAGGGCAGGCAAGGAAUGGAGCUCGAUGAGCAUGGCUUCCUGGAGGAGCUGCUCGCCCUGAGAAGAGACGAUUGGGACUCUGACUCGUUUCCAGCUGGAAUGGGCGAGUUCUUCUUCCCCUGCGACGGCGGCUUGGACUGCUUCCAGCAGAUCAGCCCACACGCGUUGGCUCCCCUGAGCUUUCCGCCGGCUUUCGACGUGACCGUGGAGCCUAAUUUCGACGGUUUGAGUGACGUAUGCUGUCCGAUCGCCGGCCCGUACUCGGCGCCGGCACCGGAGAUCCAGUCUUCCUCGCUAGAUGACGGCGAGCUUGGCCUCGCUCGCAAGGUGGAGCCGGCGAUGUUUCGGUUGGAUGGCUGUGUGGAGAGGAAAAAGAAGAAGAAGAAGAAGCUCGAGGGGAUGCCUUCCAAGAACUUAAUGGCGGAGCGGCGGAGAAGGAAGAGACUCAACGACCGGCUCUCCAUGCUGCGGUCCGUCGUCCCUAAGAUUAGCAAGAUGGACAGAACAUCCAUUCUGGGCGACACCAUCGACUACAUGAAGGAGCUCAUGGAGAGGGUCAAACGCCUGCAGCAGGAGAUGGACGUCGGCCCAGAACAGCCGAAUCUACUGAGCACCAACGAGAUCUUAGCGAGGAAGUCCCCCAAGUUCGACGUGGAGAGAAGAGAUAGCGACACACGGAUCGAGAUCUGCUGCGCGGCAAAGCCAGGCCUGCUGCUGUCGACGGUGAACACACUGGAGGCCUUGGGGCUUGAGAUCCAACAAUGUGUCGUGAGUUGCUUCAGUGACUUCGGAUUGCAGGCUUCUUGCUCUGAGGGCAUAGAUCGGUGGGCGGUCGUCGGCGCCGAGGACAUCAAGCAAGCGCUCUUGAGGAAUGCAGGCUAUGGUGGGAGGUGUCUAUAGAUGAAUGGGUUCGGUGGCCGCUUGCAAAUGUCUGAUGAGUUCUUCUUGCUUCCGUCGUCACCGAGACCUUCACACAGGCCUUAACCAAGCCAUCAAUUCUUUCUCGAGUAGGAAGCAUCUGCUGUGAAUGAUGGAAGAAUCGAUUGAUGCAGGUGUCAAGAUGAAUGUGUGUUUCUAAGACGAUUGUUCAUGAAGAUCUUGAUCACUUAAGACAUGGACAAUGUGGACUUGUAAGAUAUCUCAAAGUAAUAGUUCGAUGUGCAGUCCUUAGCUUCCUUCUCUUA